AUGUUCAGCAGGUGUGUUGAACUUAACUUCGUUGCACUUCGUUACGUUCAACUGUUUAUAGAUCACAGGAGGUUUAUAGGUUACAGGUGUGUUGAACUUCACUUCGUUGCACUUUGUUACGUUCAACUGUUUAUAGAUUACAGUAGGUUUAUAGGUUACAGGUGUGUUGAACUUCACUUCGUUGCACUUCGUUACGUUCAACUGUUUAUAGAUUACAGUAGGUUCAUAGGUUACAGGUGUGUUGAACUCCACUUCGUUGCGCUUCGUUACGUUCAACUGUUUAUAGAUUACAUUAGGUUUAUAGGUUACAGGUGUGUUGAACUUCACUUCGUUGCACUUCGUUACGUUCAACUGUUUAUAGAUUACAGGAGGUUUAUAGGUUACAGGUGUGUUGAACUUCACUUCGUUGCACUUCGUUACGUUCAACUGUUUAUAGAUUACAGUAGGUUUAUAGGUUACAGGUGUGUUGAACUUCACUUCGUUGCACUUCGUUACGUUCAACUGUUUAUAGAUUACAGUAGGUUCAUAGGUUACAGGUGUGUUGAACUUCACUUCGUUGCACUUCGUUACGUUCAACUGUUUAUAGAUCACAGUAGGUUUAUAGGUUACAGGUGUGUUGAACUUCACUUCGUUGCACUUCGUUACGUUCAACUGUUUAUAGAUUACAUUAGGUUUAUAGGUUACAGGUGUGUUGAACUUCACUUCGCUGCACUUCGUUACGUUCAACUGUUUAUAGAUUACAGUAGGUUUAUAGGUUACAGGUGUGUUGAACUUCACUUCGUUGCACUUCGUUACGUUCAACUGUUUAUAGAUUACAGUAGGUUUAUAGGUUACAGGUGUGUUGAACUUCACUUCGUUGCACUUCGUUACGUUCAACUGUUUAUAGAUUACAGUAGGUUCAUAGGUUACAGGUGUGUUGAACUCCACUUCGUUGCACUUCGUUACGUUCAACUGUUUAUAGAUUACAUUAGGUUUAUAGGUUACAGGUGUGUUGAACUUCACUUCGCUGCACUUCGUUACGUUCAACUGUUUAUAGAUUACAGUAGGUUUAUAGGUUACAGGUGUGUUGAACUUCACUUCGUUGCACUUCGUUACGUUCAACUGUUUAUAGAUUACAGUAGGUUUAUAGGUUACAGGUGUGUUGAACUUCACUUCGUUGCACUUCGUUACGUUCAACUGUUUAUAGAUUACAUUAGGUUUAUAGGUUACAGGUGUGUUGAACUUCACUUCGCUGCACUUCGUUACGUUCAACUGUUUAUAGAUUACAGUAGGUUUAUAGGUUACAGUAAUGGUUACGAUAAUGAACUAAUUAUGGGAAUUAAAUUUUUGAAUUCUGGUGUCGUUCGGGAUUUAAAGUAUUUGGCUAUAAGCUAUACCAAAAAGCAAUUUGAAUCAAAAAAUUACGACGCUAUUCGCUACAUUAUAAGAGACAACUGGAGUUCUGAUAUUUGGAAAUUGCUUCGUGUCUGCUACGAUUUAAGAUGUUUUAAGCUUAUAGAUAAAGCUCAUGAAUUGCGGAAAACUUUGAUUCGCACUGAAUCAGAUUUGGAUCAGCUAAGAUCCCGUGUAAAUGACGUUGGUCUGGAAAUGUCCACUUUUCAACUCUAUAACAGUGAUUACUUCAAAUUAAAUGCCGAUGGACGAAAUAAGUAUAAGCAAAAUUUUAUUAAAGACUCAGUUGGAGAAGGAGUAUCUGAAGAAGCCAAUGAAAAUAAUGUCAAUGGUGAAUCAAGUAAUUCCAAUUGA